CUUGAGGAUAUUCUGAAGCGCGUCCUCGAAAGGAAGAGUUUUGGUGUUGAUUAUCGUAAAGAGCUACGAUGUUACCCACAUGGACUUGAUGUCCAGGAAGGGAUAUACAGAAUUCUCCGAGUAUGUCGCCGCUUCUACCGGAUUUCGCAACCUUUGCUCUACCCGCAUAUCAGAAUCGCCAUUUGUAGAGGUCGAGGGGGAUCUCGCAAUGGCUAUGAGAAGCAAUCCUAAGGCUUGCAGCGAUCCCUUCAAAAAAAUCCAGCACUUCGGCCGCUCUGCCACAGCUUGUCCAUUGACCUCGCUAUGGGGGGUAAGGAGAUACCAGCGUCUGUUUAUCAUGUCGUCAAUGAUAUUGUAUCAAUGUCAAAGGAUCUCCAAUGCUUAAAACUCGCCAACAACCCUCCUGGAACGUUAAGUGGGUGGGAGAAACUGCCAGACGCCAUCUGGGAUAUGCCUUGUGUCAAUCAUCUCCUAAUCGCCAAUACGAAGAUUCUGCGGGAAAAACAAGAAUUCGCAAUCGCGAGACGUCUGAUGCGCUCCAGAUCGGCGCUCUGCCAUGGAAGGUUGCAACUCUAUGGUCCGGCUCCUCUAAUCUGGUAUGACAUUAGGGAACUUAAGAAACAAAAGGGAGCUGCACCCUUCACGACAUUGGAUAUUUGCCAAUUUUCAGUAAACCCUGAGGCUGUUUUGGCGAUCGUGCAGUGGUGCAGGAAACUCGAGCACUUUACAUUUGUAGAACGUCGGAAUGUACAUCUUACCGAACCACCUGGCACGCCCUUUUUCGAGUGGCUCCUGGAGCCUCAUUGCGCUACUCUGAGGUCGAUAAAAAUCGCGGAUUGCGAGCAAAGGCAUGGUAGACCUGUUAUUGUCUCCGGCUCCCCUGUCUUGGAUACCCUCGUGAUUCCGUGGUCUUCAUUCAGCUACCGAGACGGACUUUCGCCCGAAACGCUCGAUCCUCCCAUCGUGGUCGACCAGUUGCUAGCUCCGCAAUUACGAGAGCUUACUAUAGUUAUGACCCGAUUUGAUGAAGUUGGUUCUUGCCCUGGGGAGUCUCACAGGACGUAUCUGGACGAGUGCUUCCGCAAUUCAUGGGCUUAGCUUGCCAGCGGAGGUCUAGGUUGCGGCGCAUCAAGAUUGUGUUUACCCGUGAUUC